GCCCAGAUGGAAUUUGGGUCUACUAAACAGUGUCACCUGAGACAACUCCAACAACUGAAGAAGAAAUUGCUUGCCCUUCAGCAAGAACUGGAAUUUCGAACAGAGGAGUUGCAGACUUCCUAUUGUUCUCUCCUACAGUAUCAGUCCAUCUUGGAGAAGCAGACUUCUGACCUGGUGCUUCUUCACCAUCACUGCAAACUGAAAGAAGAUGAGGUGAUUCUCUAUGAGGAGGAGAUGGGAAACCAUAAUGAGAACACAGGGGAGAAGCUCCAAUUGGCACAGGAGCAGCUUGCCUUGGCUGGGGACAAGAUCAUCUCCCUAGAAAGGAGCUUAAACCUCUACAGGGAUAAAUACCAGACUUCCCUGAGCAACAUCGAGUUAUUGGAGUGCCAAGUGAAGAUGCUGGAGGGGGAGCUCAGUGGAAUCAUGAGUCAGGAGCCUGAGAACAAGGGUGACCACUCAAAGGUGCGCAUAUACAGCUCUCCCUGCACGAUUCAAGAGCACCAGGAGACCCUGAAGCGACUGUCCGAAGUCUGGCAAAGGGUCUCUGAACAGGACGAUCUAAUUCAGGAGCUUCGAAAUAAGCUAGCCUGCAGUAAUGCUUUGGUUCUGGAGCGUGAAGAGGCUUUGAUCAAAUUACAAGCAGACUUUGCUUCCUAUACAGCCACCCACAGAUAUCCUCCUUGCUCCUCAGAAGACUGUGAAGACAUCAAAAAGAUACUGAAGCACCUGCAGGAGCAGAAGGACAGCCAGUGCCUGCACGUGGAGGAGUACCAGAACCUCGUGAAGGACCUGCGCAUGGAACUAGAAGCUGUGUCAGAGCAGAAGAAGAACAUCAUGAAGGACAUGAUGAAGUUGGAGCUAGACCUGCACAGGCUGCGGGAGGAGACAUCUGCCCUCAUUGAGAGGAAGGAAAAGGAGGUUGCCAUCCUGCAGCACCGAGUGCAGGACCUGCAGCUGCAGUUCACAGAGACCCAGAAACUCACUUUGAAGAAAGACAAGCUGCUCCAAGAGAAAGAUGAAAUGAUGCAUGAGCUGGAGAAGAAACUGACCCAGGUCCAGAACUGCCUCAGGAAGAAGGAGGUGGAGCUGGAGAAGCUGCAGUGUAUGGUGACAGAACUGGAAAUAGCCAUCAAGGAGGCAAGGCAGGACAAGUGCAAGGUAGAAUGUGAGGUCCUGCGGGCUGAGAUCCAGCAGCUGAAGGACUGCCUCGAGGAGAGCAAGCAGCAGCAGCUGCUGGCGGCUCAACAAGCAACCCAGUAUAAGGAAGAUGCCCGGCUGGCAGCAUCUAACCUGGAUGAUGUCCAGCAGAAACUACAGUGCUGCAGUUUCCAGGAUAAGCAGAAAGCAGACACCAUCCAGGACCUGCAGAGAGAGCUGCAGAAGCUGCAGAAGGGGGCCUUGAUAGCUGAAGAGGAGCUGACAUCCAACAGGAAACGGGUAGUGGAGCUCACCUCAGAAUGCUCUGAGGUCCUGAAGAAGCUUGAUAACUCAGACAAGGAGAAGAGGCAGCUUCAGAAGACAGUGACUGAGAAGGAUAUGAAAAUAAGUGACAUGCUUGAUCAAGCCAAAAUCUGUCAGUGCCAGAAAAAGGAACUAGAAAACUUCAAAUGCAAAACAAUAGAAGAGCUUCAGGAAGUAAAAAGGUCACUACAGGAGAAAUUGGAGCAGGUGAAAAAGUGCAAGGAAAAGGAGAAAUUGCUGGAGGAAGAACUUGAGACUUUGCAACAGGAAGAUAAAAGGAAGGAAAAAAUGUGGAAAGAGAAUUUGAGAAAGUUGGAGGAGGAAAACAAGAAUCUCCACAUACAGGUGAUGCAAUCUUCUACACAAUUGGAAACCUCUGUGUGCAAAUUCAAUGCCACACAGCAAAUCAUCCAAGAACUGAACACAGAGAUAUCCCACCAGAAGGAGUCUGUAAUAUGUCUUCAGACACAGCUGGACACAGCUGUGAAGAAAGAGAGGCAUUACCUCCAGACCAUGGUUACUAAAGAAGUCUAUGAGGAAUUAUCCCGGAAGUCAUGCAUCUGUCAAGAUGACCUGACACAAGCCCUGGAGAAACUCAAUAAUGCGACCUCAGAGACAAAGAGCCUGCAGCGAACCUUGCUACAGACCCAAGAGAGGAAAGCUCAGCUGGAAGAUGAAAUUGUAGCUUACGAGGACAGGAUGAAAAAGCUCAAUGUGGAAUUAAAAAAGCUGCAGUGCUUCCACAAGGAGAGUGAGAUAGAGGUGCACGCCUUCGACAAGAAGCUGGAGGAGAUGAGCAACCAAGUGCUGCAGUGGCAGAAACAGCACCAGAAUGAUCUCAAGAUGCUGGCAGCUAAGGAGACCCAGCUCAGGGAGUUCCAGGAGGAGAUGGCCACCCUGAAAGAAAACCUCCUUGAAGAUGAGGAGCCGCGUGGCCAGCCCCAACAGCCGGUGCCCAAAGACACCUGUAGGCGCCACCGAGACAAUGAUCAGAUUAUGUCCAACAUGGAGCAGUGGGCAAAAGAGCAGAAGAUCGCCAAUGAGAAACUAGGAAACAAGCUCCGUGAACAGGUCAAAUACAUUGCCAAGCUGACUGGUGAGAAGGACCACCUCCAUAAUGUAAUGGUCCAUCUACAGCAGGAAAACAGGAAGCUGAAGAAUGAGAUUGAAGAGAAGAAGGUGAAAGCCGGAAACCAAAGAUUAUACACCAAAGCCCUAGGCCCCAGCAAACCGGAGCCCACACAAAAGGGGAAAGUGGGUGGCACACUGGGCUGGAAGGAGCCACACCACCAAGACCUGGGUCAGAGAAUGGACAUUAACAAGUUCAUCGGGAUGCCCCAUUCCUAGGGUAUGUCUGCCACGUGACUUUUGCUACUGUAAUGUCUCCUUUUUUAAUGUGCCAAAACAACAACAGUGUGAUAUCAUUUUUUUCAAAGAUCACUGGAUUGGGAAUUCACAUAGAAGGAAACAGGUCACUCGUGACCUCCAGUCAUUUACUUAGCUACUCUGAACCAACAAUA